AUGGAAAUGGAUAUAAAGAAAAAAUAUAAACAUAGCAAUAUUCUAUUUAGGCUAUUUUUAACUAUUUAUAUUUAUAUAGUAAUUUUUUUUUCUUUAUCGUUUGCCUUGAUUUGCCAAUUAUCAUGUUUAGUAAUAUUUUUCCCCUUGUUUUUAUAUAGUCAAAGGGCAAAAUUAUACAUUUUAGGACUUUGUAUCCAAUUUGGAGCAUACAUGCUCUGUUCAUUUAUAAACCCAUUUUGGAAAUUAGUUAUUGUAAGGAAAAACAAAAAGAAAUAUGAACCAAAAAAUACAAUUUUGUUUAUUAAUCAUUUAUCAUCUGUUGACCCAUGGGUAGUUAAUGCAACUACAUUUCCUUGGCCCAUAAAAUUUGUUUUCAAGAGUUCUUUGUUGAAAAUCCCUAUAGGUGGACAAGCCUUAUAUCUUUCAGGGUCUGUACCAAUUUAUUUUACAAAAGAUAAAGGUGGAUGGGGAUUAAAAGAAGGUGAAGUACAAAGAAUUAUGAAUAUAUGUAAAGGUUAUCAAGAGAUGAAUGUUCCUCUAGCUAUAUUUCCUGAAGGUACAAGAUCUGUUCAGGGACAUUUGCAAUUAUUUAAAUCAGGCUUUUUUAGAUUUGCUAUAGAUAAUAAUUGUGAAAUAUUACCCUGUGCAUUACAUGGUACCAGCAAAGUAUGGCCUCUUAAAUCUUCCUUGCUUGAUAAAGGAACCAUUUAUUUUUCAUUCGGAGAACCUUUUAAACCUACACCUGGUAUGACAUAUGAAGAAUUAAGAGAUAAAACUAGAAUGAUUAUUCAUGAAUUGAUAAAGGAGUUCCCAGAUUAUGACCCAGAGGUCGAUACAUUGGCAAAGGAAUUUUCCCAAGCAAGAGGACAUGGAUUAUAA